AUGGACCCAGCUUUUGUAGGUUCUGCUCAUAUUACAGGUUUAGACAGCGAGAGAAGUGAUGAUCAGAUCUACUUUUUCUUCAGCGAAAUGGGGAAAGAGUUCGACUUCUUUGAUAACACCAUAGUGUCCAGGAUCGCACGUGUGUGUAAGGAGGAUCAAGGUGGGGAGAGAGUCCUGCAGAAGAAAUGGACCACAUUUCUGAAAGCUCAACUCUUGUGUUCGCUACCGGACGAUGGCUUUCCUUUCAACAUCAUACAGGAUGUGUAUGUGCUCCCAGCCCAACGCAAGAAAAACACACUCCUCUAUGCAGUCUUCACUUCUCAGUGGAGUAAAGGUCUGGCAGGCAGUUCAGCAGUGUGUGUGUUCAGCAUGGAUCAGGUAGAAAAAGCGUUUAAUGGCCGUUACAAAGAAGUGAACCGAGAGACACAGCAAUGGUACACACACACUCACUCUGUACCUGAACCACGACCUGGAAUGUGUAUUACUAAUGCUUCAAGGCAGCUGGGAAUAGACUCAUCCCUUGAUAUGCCAGAUAAAGUACUAAACUUUGUGAAAGACCACUUCCUGAUGGACAGUCCUGUCAAAAGUCGGCCUGUGCUCUUCACACACUCUGUGCACUACACACAAAUUGCUGUGCACCAUGUGCAAGGCCUCCAUGAAGCUUACGAUGUGAUGUUCAUUGGCACAGAUGAUGGACGUUUGCAAAAGGCUGUGAAUGUAGUCGGUAUGAUGCACAUCAUUGAGGAGAUCCAACUGUUCCCAGAGCAACAACCUGUACAAAACAUAGAGCUGGAUUCAACUACGGGUUUGUUAUUUGUGUCGUCACACUCUGGUAUUGUGCAGCUGCCAGUAGCAAACUGCGGUUUCCAUAACAACUGUGGCGAGUGUGUUUUGGCCAGAGACCCAUACUGUGCCUGGACAGGCACACACUGUACUGACGUCAAACAUAUCCCACCACUAAACCAAUGGCAGCAGGAUAUUGAGAAGGCAGACACUUCAAAAUGUAACUGCACAAUGUUCAGUGUGGUGUCUGAGAGCUCAGUGUUGCCACGUUCUUUCCCAAGUUCCCAAGAAUCUGCUUGCGAGCUCAUUAUCAUCCCAGCUAAUACUCUUCGGCUGCUGCCCUGCAAUCUUCGCUCCAACCGUGCACAAAGGAAAUGGUCAUACAAGCCAGAUGUAGGACGCUUCCUGUUCCCAAGCCCGGAGGGUGGGUUAGUAGUCAGCGGCCGUCCAGGCAGCGAUGAGGUCUUCUCAUGUUGGUCAGAAGAACAUGGCUUCAGGCAGCUCUUGGCCAAUUACUGUGUGAAGGCAGAGCCUUUAUCCGAGACUGCAACCAAUACGGGGCGGCUGGAUGAACAUCUUAUAAUCCAAAGCAUAUCGUCGGAUGUCUUGUCCAGCGAAUCAGUGCGCGCCGCUCAACUGCGCAUAAAGACGUAUGGCACAGAGCUGGCCGUAGUGUGUGUGCUGUUAGCUGUUUGUGUGCUUUCGUUCGGGCUGUCGGUAGCAUAUCGACACAGGGGCUGGAUGAAGGAGGUACUGAGAGGAGGAGAGCAAACUGGAGGAGCCCAAAAGAGCACAGUCAGGCCUGGGGAGAGUUUACCCCUCAAUGCUGGUGAGCUUCCAACCUCCCCAUCCGACCACAAAAGCUACCAGACAUUGGAGGAUAACUGUGGUUACACAAUCGCUCAAUCAGAGACAAGCACGCAGAACAACUCCAAAGAAGCACAGACACUUGCCCAAACGCCACAGAAUGGCUUUAAAGAGACUCAUGUGGAAGUCAGUGACAUUAGCCCUCGGCCACGAGUACGACUGGGCUCUGAGAUCAGAGACUCUGUGGUGUAAAAUACUGACGUUUCUGAUGAAUUUCCAUAAUUUACGCAUAAACAGUCUAACACUCUUAAUGCUCACUUGGUACAUUCAAUGGGCAGCUUUCUUGAAGACUAAGCGUACUGAGCCCUGAGCACAAGAGAAUAGAUGGGACAUGCUCAGUGUGUGUAUUGCCAAAUUGUAGUUGUUUAAGACAAUGCCCUCAAAUCUACUCCCACAUCUCUUUCACCCUUUCAUGUUAAACGGUAAAAUAUGUGUUAAUAUGAGAGUGCGCUGAUACAUUAGAAAUCAGAAACAACAAUCCAAGGAAGGGUGGACCAGAUGGAUGAACAGGAGAGAAAUGGGCAAUGAGCCUUGUGUUGUAGGACUGGUACUGGUGCUAUUAUCACUGCCAAGACAGAGUAAUGAUGCCUAACUCAAGGUGAGAAGACUGUUCUAUGUCUGUUUGUAUUCCUUUGCUAUUCUUUGUGCAAAGUUUCAAUACAUAAGUGUUUAAUGGGGUACUUUAAAUGUAAGAUUUGACUAUGAAACCCAUAGCCCAUACUCUGCAGAUUCUCAUUAUACCAGCAUUGAACACCAGGCAGUUCAGACCAGGUUGCUUGUUAGUGUUAUAGAACUUGGUUACUUUCUUAACAUUUUAGAA